UUCAACUUCUCUUCUUCCCACCACCAACUGUCUGUUACUAAGUCUUCUCUAGUCUUCUCUAGGCCGCCUCUUCUAUUAUAUAACACAUCUAUUCUUCUCUCACUCCCUUCACUACAAACACUUCAUUUCAUCUUCACCUCUUUUUCUCUUUCAACAAACAAGCAUGGAUUAUGCACCAUGGAUUAACACUUCAUUAGAUCUCAACAUUAACCCUCAGAGACCUCAUCAAGAAGCUCAUAAAAAUGGAAUGGAAAACAAUUUUUUCUCAUUAGGGUUGAGGAUCUCUUCUCCAAAAGAAGAGUCAAGUGAUGUUUUGGUGGAGGAGCUGAAACGAGUGAGUGCAGAAAACAAGAAGCUAACAGGAAUGUUGACAGAGAUGUGUGAGAAUUACAACACACUGAGAAACAACAUGAUGGAAUAUAUGAAGAAGAAUCCAGAAACUAAAGAGGUUAUAACUUCGUCAAAGAAAAGAAAAUCUGAUGAAAUAAGCACUAGCAACAACAAUCUCAUAGGAGUUAACGGAAACAACUCUGAGAGUAGUUCGAGUGAUGAAGAUCAAUCAUGCAAGAAACCACGAGAAUUAGAAACUUGCAUUAAGGCUAAAGUUUCAAGAGUUUAUUUCAAGACCGAACCAUCUGAUUCAAGCCUUAUUGUGAAAGAUGGAUAUCAAUGGAGAAAAUAUGGACAAAAGGUGACAAGAGAUAACCCUUCACCAAGAGCUUAUUUCAAAUGUUCAUUCGCUCCGAGCUGCAUAGUGAAGAAGAAAGUGCAAAGGAGUGUGGAUGAUCCAUCGGUUACAGUUGCAACAUACGAAGGAGAACACAAUCAUCCUUAUCCAUCUCAGAUGGAGCCGACAAAUAAUCGUUGUAGGAAUCAGACGAACUCGGCAGUAACAGCUUCUUCGGGUCCUGCUGCACCAAGUACAACAGUUACACUUGAUUGGACAAAGAAACCUAAGUGUAGCAAUGAUUCUUCUCCUAAGAAUGUGAUGAUAAAUGGUAAUUCCAAAAUGGAAAUACCUCAGAUUUUGGUGGAACAAAUGGCGAAUUCGUUGACCAAAGAUGUUAAGUUUAGAGCAGCACUUGCAGCUGCUAUAUCAGGACAAAUGUUGCACCAGAAUUAAACUCGUUGUUAAGUGUAGUAUAGAAUCGUUUUAUAUGUAAAUAGAGCAUAGAGAAUUUCUCAUUUUGAUCAAUUAAGUAGGAAAGGAAAAGCAUUUCCAAUUGAAUUAAGAUUAUGUGUAAGUCUUUAAUGUUCUUCUGCA